AUGUCAACCUACGGCCAUAAUUCACGCCAUCGUGGUUCUGCGAUCUGUGCUGAAAACACAUCACCAAACACUUCAAGUAACAACUCGCAUCCUCGGCCGUAUAGUCAUGGGCAAGCUGAACAGUUACGCCGAUCAAGGGAGUCGACUACCUUCGCUCUAAUUGACAAUCAAUUAUCGAAGCCGCCGUUAAAUCAAGUUAGGGAUUUGUACCUGCAAAAUCGUGGCAGUGUGAAUUCUUCGAAUUCUGGGCCCACGAGGACAACAAAGAAAGCUAACCUUUCUGCGGUUCAUACUAUUGUACGCUUUCGCAUUAAGGAGUAUCUUUAUCCACUUCUUGCACAUUAUCGUCGAAUGCUUGAUACUCUUUUUGCCAGAAUCUACCCUAACUACACACCCAGCAUGCGUGAUUCAUUGGCUUCCCAAAUCCUUGGACAAUCUCAACUCCCUUGUUCCCUCUCUUGCGAAUUUUGUGAGCGCUUCAAAUUUCAAUUAGAUCGUCACGUAUCCUGCCGGAAGAUGAUGCUUAACAAAGCUGCCUUGCCGUCUAAGCUAUCAUCAGCAAAGCCCUCAGCAGGUUACUACAACUCGCUUAACGGUGACUGUUAUGAUGGUAGUGCUAAUUCUUGUCCUAUUAGCCCCAACGAAUCAGUCAGUCGCAGCCGCCGUUACACUCUACCGCCACCAAUUCAGCCGAGCACCGCUUCAACUCCCUUGACCUCUGCUACCGCCGCCACUUCAGCAAAGUCCUGUUUUGUCAAGCCAGAAUGUUCCAUUGACGCCAGUUCCUUGUCCUCUCCGUCUUCCCCUAGAUUAAACUCGGAAGCCUUAGACCACAAUUCCGAAUCUGAACUAUUAGACGACUUGCAAAGUGUCGUCGAUGAUGGAACACCCCUUGCUUUCCAUUCAUCGCAACGCAUGUUAAACGACAGCUCAGAUGUCAAGCGUACUCGCGUGGACAGUGCUACUUUGCGUUGGCAUGACUUGUUCGAUAUUCCCUUUAACGUGGACUUCAACUCCAUGGACGAUGACAACUCCUUGGAUCUGCACAGUAUCUUAAAUGCCAACUCAGAUCUUAAAAUUGAGUCUUUCCCUGAUGACACGUCGACAUUUCCCGCAUGUGAUGACGUUGAAGGUCUGUCCAAGUUCUCUUUAUUGGAAAACCUCGCACGGAUUGACGAAGGUGAUUCAAGCAUCAGUUUGAAACCAGAACACCUAUCUCCUCCUCAAACUCCACCUCGUUCAUUUCCUUGCGGCGGUGGUCUUGCCCAGUUAUGCAUAGAGGGAUUUACACCCGGGUUUAUAUCGCGGAAGGUUCGCUCGAUGCCUCUUACAGACGGUCGACUGUCGGUGUUUAAGAUUCGGCGUCGGAAAUGGGUUGGUGGUUUGGGUCUUGUGUCUACUGGAACGCUCUCUAAAUGCCCAACAAGGUUUUUGCUAAAUAUGGGUGUCACUCAGCUGUGGGAAGCAUUUGCUAACUUUUUAACCGCUAGGUCUAUCAAGUUCGCGGAUUUCCAGUCUAACUUAACGAAGGACGAAUGGUUCGGGAUUUGCGAGGAUCUUCGAUACGACGCCAAAAACCCGACAGACCUGGUCGGGGGGGAAUUGAUUCGCCUGCAGCUUUGGGGUAAGGAGCGUAGCCCGCUUUGCCAAGACGCUGGGUUAAAAUGCGGCCAAAAUUUAGCAAUUUGUGUGAAUUACAUUCAUCCUCUUUAUCAGUCCGUGGGACUCCAUCUAAUUACCGUGCCGUGUGAUGCUCGAUGUUUACACGAGCGAGGCGAGCCUUGCGUCUCGAAUUUGGAGGAGAAGGAGGAGGAGGAGGAGGAGGAUGGGAGAACAGACUAA